GCGUCUCAACGGAUCGAGCGAGCGCUGGACGGAGUCGAGAGCGCCCCCUCUCGAUGCCAGUUGAGUGUAUCUAGACUGUAAAAUACCUGUUAACGUCGUUCUUGACCUGUGUCUCGCGAUCGUGUCGUAUUUGAACCGCGCCGUUCAACUUUUGCCGAUAAAUGACGCUCAAGGGUACAACUCACCUUCAUCGCAACGUUGACUUGGCGACAGAGCAGACUAAUGCUGUAAAGUUGUAUAAGUGAUAGGUUGGUGUGUAAAUUUAAUGCCCUAAUCUAUCACAUCUAAAAAUCGGCAAAAAUAAAAAAAGAAUAAAACAGCAUUAACUGCACCCGAAACCAGUCUCAAAAAGAACUCCAACAUGCAACGAAUAGCUCUCAGAAAAGGGCAGUCGCUGGCAGUUAUAUAAUACGAUACGUUGGGUUUUGUCCGCAAGAUUUAUAGAACUGUCGGGUGAAAGCAACAGCGACUCAACGACACAAUGGCGGACCACGAUCCAUUUGAUGAUGAGUUGGUUUCAAGCAAUGCAACUCAAAGGAACUGGAGGGGUAUCUUCAUAGCACUAUUAGUCAUCGUGGUAGUGCUGUCAUUGAUCGUAACGUCAGUAGUUCUGCUCACACCUCCAGACGAAGGCCCCAGAAUAAAAGGCGAUAGAUUUGAAUUGGAGGACAUCUUAAGUCAUGAAUUUGUGCCACUCAGAUUCAAUGGGACGUGGGUUUCAAAUGACGAACUGCUGUUUAAGGACCAAUGGGGAGGAAUCAGUAUUAUGUAUGCAGGAAAUCUUUCAGUCAGAACAAUCAUGUCAAAUCAGACUUACAUGCGAUUGAAUCCCAACCGAUAUCAGUUAUCUCCAGACCAAAGGUAUCUCCUCUUGGCGCAGAAUGUACAGAAACUAUUUCGGCAUUCGUAUUUGGCCCAGUAUACAAUUUACGACAUUCAGACAGGGAACGAUUUUCAGUUGCGGCCUCUGCCUGAAAACGAAGACCAUCCUUAUCUUCUAUUGGCACAAUGGGCACCAAGAGGCCACAGUUUAAUAAUGGUGCAGGAUUAUGACAUUUACUACAGAAAAACACCGAAUUCUCACACGGGGUACAGGAUAACGCAUACGGCAAUACCGGGUGUGGUGAGCCAUGGUGUGCCAGAUUGGUUGUAUGAAGAAGAAAUUCUCGGAUCCAACUCGGCGAUAUGGAUGUCCAGCGACGGUCUCCUAGUCGUUUUCGCUACAUUCAACGAUACCCUCGUGGAGGAGCUGCGGUUUCCUUGGUACGGGUCAAUAAGCGAAGGCCGACUCUAUCCGGACAUCAGGUCAUUAAGAUAUCCAAAACCGGGCACGAGAAAUCCAGCGGUUAGUCUAACUAUCGCCGACUUAGCUGAUAUCGGAAACAUUAAGACGAAGAAAGUUAUACCGCCACCAGUGAUAGCUAACUCCGAUUAUUACUUCACGGCGGUAUCCUGGAUCAGCCUAACGGAAAUAUCGGUGGUAUGGUUGAACAGGCCACAAAACUUAUCUGUGAUCACAAUAUGUUCGAGUCCCAAGUGGGACUGCAAAGAGACCCAAAGAAUAACCGGUGACGGACAAGGCUGGGUGGAUAUGGGCGAUAGUCCCAUAUUCGGGACUGAUAGUUCAAACUACAUUACUAUCGCACCAGUACGCGAUGGUCCAGCCGGGACGUUUAGACAUGCGGUGUCCGUGAACAUUCCUAAGAAACGGACGAUACCGUUAACACAUGGAAAGUUCGAAGUUCAAAGGAUAUUAACGUGGGAUCAUUCGAACGAUGUAAUAUAUUUUUUAGGGAUUCCAGAGGGAAAACCUGGAGAGCUACACCUGUACAGGGUCACGUCGGUGCCCCCGAGGACUGGAGCCACUCUGCCGCCUCCAAUCUGCCUCACUUGCGUCAAAGUACCGACGCCUACAUCACCUCCAUAUAUUUCUUUCGACGAAAACAUCUAUAAAUUGAAAAAAGGUGUUUGGGAAGACGAAGAUGAAGAUACUGUCAUAACGACACCAGCUCCAAAGAAAAAAAAAAGACAGAAACAGAAACCACCUGAAAGAGAUCCCCCUUGUCUCUACCACAAUGCGAUAUUUAGUCCAACUUCGCAAUAUUUCGUAUUGGAAUGUUUGGGUCCAGGAGUGCCAAGUAUUCGAUUGUUUAAAAGUAGCAUGCCAAAACCUAAAAUGCUACUGUGGUUACAGAACAACACAAGGCUCAAAGAAAAAGUUGCCAAAAUGGCCAUGCCACAAAUCAAGACUUUUCCUGUCCAGAUUUCAGGGGGAUAUCAAGCUCACGUCAGACUUCAUCUACCUCCUGGAUUGCGAGAGGACGAGAUAACAAGAUAUCCGCUCGUCGUCCAAGUCUACGGAGGACCAGGAAGUCAAUUAGUCACCGAAAGAUGGAAAAUAGAUUGGAACACGUAUCUGACAGCGUCAGCUUCCUCUCCUGAAACCGUCAAAUCUCACACUCGUUUACAAAAGGGUUUUUCCGCUCCAGUUACAAAACGCUCAUUUAUUACAGGUAUAAUGACGUACUUACGAGAUACUCAACAUUUUAUAGAUAGACGAAGAGUGGCAGUUUGGGGUUGGAGUUAUGGUGGAUUUGUCGCCUCGCUGGCGUUGGCGAGCCCGAAAAGCGUAUUUCAAUGUGCCAUUGCAGUUGCGCCAGUUACCAAUUGGAAAUUGUACGAUUCAGCAUAUACGGAGCGCUACAUGGGUUUGCCGAAUGUGACUGAAAAUUACAAGGGAUACGACGAAGCGGAUGUAAGCAAAAAAGCGGGACAGCUGAAAGAUAAAAUGUUCUAUCUGGUCCAUGGGUCGGCGGAUGACAACGUGCAUCUUCAGCAAAGUAUGGCUCUGGUUAGGGCACUGUCAGAUGCUGACACGUUGUUUCGACAACAGAUAUAUCCUGAUGAGAGUCACGGUCUAGGAGGAGUCAAAAAACAUCUUUAUAGAAGCAUGGGGCAAUUUUUGGACGACUGUUUCAUGAAACAAGUUCCACCACAGUUUAAGGCUGGACUACGAGAUGACGCCGAUGAAGAGUAAUAUACAAUUUAUGACUUUAUGUAACAUGAUGUGUGGUAAACUUGUAUCAUAAAAAAAUGGCCACCACUUCAGUAGGUUCUAUUGGUUUUUAUUGGCAUAUCUUCAACAAUAUUGUUGAAGUAUGAGCCUGAAAUAAGUACUAUCGGGAAAAAAUAACGGCGUCCAGUUGGCUUGGAAAUGACUUCAUAUAAUUUUACAUAUAAAGUGACAGCGCUCUUCAUUUCAGAGCCAUCGCUGACGCCGUUAUUUUUGUUGAUCAUAUUGUAUAAGAUUUUUUAGGCAAGAAUUAUUUAAAUUAACAUUUUUUUAAUAGUAAUAUAAUAGGAUUUUAUGAAAAUAGUUAAAUCUCAACUGCAUUGCACCCUUAGUUACUAAUAACUAUCUCGUAAAAGUCAUUUCUAAUAGAAUCUACUUCUUUUGAAUUUAUUUAUUUAUUCUAAGGCCACCAUAAUGCAAGGAUUGGAAUUUGAAGUGCGAAUAAGUGUUUAACAUAAAAAAACAUUGAAUUUAUACAUGCCUAUUGUUUUUAAAAAGCAAUUAUUGUACAUUUGUGUAUACUGAGUGUCAUGAAACAAAACUUAUAUUUGCUUCUUGUUGUCAACGUUCUCUAAUAGAUACCACUAGAGAGCGUUAGUGAUUCAAGUGCCAAAUUUUGAAAAAAAUAAAUGUUUGAUGUUUGCGAAUAUUCGAUGCAAUAAAUGUUUUUGUGGAAAAAAACGAUAUAGUGCUAAGAUGAAAACAGAUUACUGGCUUAACACAAUCAUUCGACUGGUGUUCCUUAUAAGAAAAUAAUAUCAAGACCUACUCUCAAAAACAUGACACUAAUAAUAGGUAUAAAUAAUAGGAAAUAAAAUGGACGAUUACAGCAAAAUAAAACACUAAUUUACCACAAUAUCCCAAAACACUUUAACAGUGAAUGCGCGUUUUGCUAAAAAUCAUCAGCAGAUGAAUUAAAUUAAAAAGUUAAUCAUCUGCUAAUGAUCAGCAAAAUAAAACAUUAAAUUAUCACAAUACACCAAAACACUUUUACUUUCACACUGGA